AUGUUUAAUGAACUGCCACACUCGUGCACCGCCAACCCCGUCAGUCCCCUUUUGCGUGUGCUUAUUUUCACCGUGCUGGGCCAGCGUGACCCCAAACCGAUGCUCGAGUCGUUACAUACCAUUGUUCAACCCGGCUUUGAUUUGGUCCUGUUCCUCAAUCCACAUCCUCCGGAAUCGGUGUAUCCGGCCAGCAAGGCAUCUCAGCACCACAACUGUCUAUCCUGUUGGCAUUCGUUAACCUCAUCGGACGUCUCAGAAACCGUAUGUUCUAUCGGGACAGCAAAGGACCUAUCCGACCUGGUCGAGUGGAUCGAACGUGUGCCGCGAUUGACUCGCGCACACCUGCUCGAGUUUGUACGAACACGGACUGUUCCCGAGGCAGAAUCCAAUGGAGUGGAACCUGUUUCCAAUGGAACAAUCGAUUCGUCAAACACAGAUACGCAUUGCCAUGUUCUAGUCACUGGGAGUCUGUAUCUGGUCGGUGCGGCUCUCAAGGCUUUGAACGAACCCGUGUGA